GGAUAUGAUACCUUUCACGCAGUUGCGUUUACACACUACACUUUCUGAGAGGAACACACUCUUUGGAAAUUUAGAAUCACAAAACCCUGUUUCUAUCUCUAAUAUUCAUGAUCCAUCCCGUGCCAGAGCAAAAAAAGAUACCCCCUUCUUCAGAAACAGGGGUUUGGGAUAAAGUAGCGAUUUUUCGAUCAGUUUCCUAGUGAUUCUUCGUUGAGGUUCCUAAUUGACUUUCUGGGUCUUUUUAAAUUCCCAUUUUUGAGUGUAUAAAAUGAUGGGCAUUGUGCUGGUGUUUUUAUGAUUCCUUCCAUCUGUCAUAUGUGCUUAUUUCUAUGCUGGAGAAUCCGAGUAUGAUUUAAGAGUAAGGAUGCUCUCAAACUGAUUUAUCUUUGAAGCUUGAUGUGUUUAUCUUCAAUGUGAAUUUGAAGUGUCUCUAAUGGGGAAUAUACUGAGUCUGAAUAGUUCCAAGACUAGAUGGAGUGAUCCCUCUGUGGCGGCUUUGCAAGAUGAAGCUUGCAAGAGGCAGAGGUUAUUAUCAAGCUCCUGUGAAGAUAAUUCAAGACUGAUACCAUCCCUUCCUGAUGAGAUAUCAAUCCAAAUUCUAGCUAGGGUUCCUCGAAUUAAUUAUUUAAGUCUGAAGUUAGUUUCGCAUGUGUGGAAGGCUGCCCUUGUGAGCACUGAACUAUUUUGUGUGAGAAAAGAACUUGGAACCACGGAAGAGUGGCUCUACAUAUUAACAAGGGUCAAAGAUGAUAAGCUUUUAUGGUCUGGCUUGGACCCUAUUUCCAGAAGAUGGCAAAGGUUGCCACCAAUGCCAAAAAUCUCCUUUGAAGAUGAAGCAAAGAAGGGUUUGGCUGCCUUUCCCCUUAGAGUGUGGAGCAUGAUGGGUUCACGUAUCAAGAUUGCUGAUAUCAUAAUGAGCUGGCUUGGUCGGAGAGAUGCUCUGGAUCGGAUGCCAUUUUGUGGUUGCUCCAUUGGAGUUGUUGAUGGUUGCAUCUAUGCAUUAGGAGGAUUUUCGAGAGCUUCGGCAAUGAAGUCUGUUUGGCAGUAUGAUCCCGUCAAAAACUCUUGGACUGAGGCUAGCCCAAUGUCUGUUGGUAGAGCGUAUUGCAAGACGGGUAUACUAAAUAAUAAGCUUUAUGUUGUUGGAGGCGUUACUAGGGGUCGUGGUGGACUCAGCCCCCUUCAAUCUGCAGAAGUUUACGACCCCCAUACAGGAACAUGGUCCCAAUUACCAAACAUGCCUUUUGCGAAAGCUCAGGUGCUGCCUACUGCUUUUCUGGCUGAUUUGCUCAAGCCUAUUGCGACAGGAAUGACUUCAUACAGGGGAAGGUUGUUUGUUCCUCAGAGUUUGUAUUGCUGGCCAUUUUUCGUUGAUGUUGGGGGUGAGGUUUAUGAUCCGAAUGUAAAUUCAUGGCUUGAAAUGCCAAAUGGCAUGGGUGAAGGUUGGCCAGCGAGGCAAGCUGGAACAAAGUUGAGUGUUACAGUCAAUGGUGAUUUAUAUGCCCUUGAUCCUUCAAAUUCCCUUGACAGUGCAAAGAUCAAGGUAUACGAUUAUGAAGGUGAUAGCUGGAAAGUUGCUGCCGGAGAUGUUCCUAUUCAUGAUUUCACUGAUGCAGAAUCGCCUUAUCUUUUAGCCGGUUUGCUUGGAAAAAUUCAUGUAAUAACAAAAGAUGCUAAUCACAACAUAACAGUGUUUCAGGCUGACUUGCAAAGUGAUUUAGCUUCUGGCCAACCCAACUUGUCAUCUUCGGAUUACUCAUCCAGUGAACAUGCUGAUUCUUCAGCAGAAUCCAGGAUUUGGAGGGUUCUUGCAAGUAGGAGUGGUAGAUCUGCUGAACUAGUUAGUUGUCAGUCUCUUAAAAUUUGAUGUUUUUGGGAGAUAAGAGUCCUCUUAUGGUUAUGAUUUCUGAGCGUGUUUGUGUUGGUUGGAAUGGUCACUAAUAAGCCACAGUGUAAAUUUUACAAGUGUAAAUUAUUUGCUUAAUGAUUGAUUGGUAUAUUGUAAGCAUUCAA